AUGAGUGUGGUUGAGGACGCGGGCGUACUCAAGGCGAGAGCCACAGACUUCUCCAUCGCCGCGAUAAUGGGCGCUGCGGCUAAAAUGGCCCCACAAGCCACAGAAGGGAAGCUGUCUCGAACGCCCUCGCCCAACCCACUGUCCCUCGCUGACGACGAUCAAGAGCCCCCCGAAGUCAGCUCCUCGUCAGAUGCCGCCAAGGACGACCCAGACGACGCCACCAGCCCCAAGAGCACCACCUCCUCCUCGUCCUCGGACGGCCGGGACUCCAAGAGAGCCCGGCUGGAGGGCUCCUGCAACUGCGAGGACCUCAGAGGCGUCACCUGUUACCUGGAGACUAAGGAACUCUGGGAGAAAUUCCACGACCUGGGCACGGAGAUGAUCAUCACUAAGAGCGGCAGGUAAGUGUUACUGUCUUACAGUCCGUGUGGUGUUG